GAGCGAGCCGGAGCGGCGGCUUAGAGCCGGAGCGGCGGGCCGGGCGGCCGCGCCAGCGAGCGGACGAGCGAGCGGCAAGCGCCGCGCGCGGGGCACCGAGGAACGGGCGCGGCGGGCGCAACGCGCGGCGGUCAGAGCGGAGAGGCCCUCGCGGCACCGCUGCCGCCGCCCCUGCGGGGGCUCCGGCCGGGAGCCCGACGAGGGACGGGGGGCGGCAUGGCCGGGUGGCCCGGGGCGCGGGGGCGCUAGGUCCCCCCGGAGGGGCACCCCCCGCCUCGCAUUCGCCGCUGCCGCCACCCUCCGCAGCCGCGCGCUCCGCCCGCUCCAGCCGCCCCCGGGGCCGCCGGCGGCCCAUGAGCCCCGGCCUCAAAGUUUGCGGCGGGCGGGCGGGCACGGAGCCGCCAAGAUGCCGUUCCACCCGGUGACGGCGGCGUUGAUGUACCGGGGCAUCUACACCGUGCCUAACCUGCUGUCGGAGCAACGCCCGGUGGAUAUCCCCGAAGAUGAGCUGGAGGAGAUCCGAGAGGCCUUCAAGGUGUUUGACCGGGAUGGCAAUGGCUUCAUCUCCAAGCAAGAGCUGGGCACGGCCAUGCGCUCCCUGGGUUACAUGCCCAAUGAGGUGGAGCUGGAGGUUAUCAUCCAACGGCUGGACAUGGACGGUGAUGGCCAAGUGGACUUUGAAGAGUUUGUGACCCUCCUGGGACCCAAGCUGUCCACGUCAGGGAUCCCAGAGAAGUUCCACGGCACUGACUUUGACACCGUCUUCUGGAAGUGCGACAUGCAGAAGCUGACGGUCGACGAGCUGAAGCGGCUGCUGUAUGACACCUUCUGCGAACACCUGUCCAUGAAGGACAUCGAGAACAUUAUCAUGACCGAGGAGGAGAGCCACCUGGGCACGGCUGAGGAGUGCCCCGUGGACGUGGAGACCUGCUCCAACCAGCAGAUUCGUCAGACGUGCGUGCGCAAGAGUCUGAUCUGCGCCUUCGCCAUCGCCUUCAUCAUCAGCGUCAUGCUCAUUGCGGCCAACCAAGUGCUGCGCAGCGGCAUGAAGUAGGUGCCGCCUGGGCGCCCCUCCUGGCGCACGCGGUGCCCGGGCCCACCCAUGCCCACCACCGCCAUCACCUGCAGCCCUCUCCUUGGCAGGUCCCCGCCCACCACCACCAUGGGCCACCUGUCAUGUGUCCCUUCAGGGCCCAGGUGUCAAGAGGAGGACCUCCACCUCAUUGGCCUUGCACGGAGCCAUGGUCUGGCUGUGGAAGGUCUUGUGAGGGCUUCCCAACAGCCUGCCUGUGUCCCCACCCACCCUGGGCCUGUAUGUAGCGAUAACCCUUCCUGCUAUUCAGGGGCUCCUGGGAAAUGGGAGGGCUUUAGACAGGACACUAGCCCGUGGCUCCCUGUCCCCACCCCCCGCCGGGACCUUGUUAUCGCUGUGGUCCUCUAGGCAAGAUGGGGUACCCUGUGCCUAGAGAAGGAAGCUGUCUGCCUGGGGCUGCACAGCUAACCCUAGUCCCAGGCCCUGAGGUUGGCCCGAGGCCCUAGGUCCCUUCCUCUGACCGCCCUCAGACCCAGACGCAGCCUUCCUUCUCCUCCUCUUCCCCAUGUCUGCUUGGGCCAUACCUGCCCAUUUCACAGGUGAUGAGAUGGAGGCCCAGGAAGUCUGAGACUGGCUGGACCUCAGUCCUUGCUUCAGCAGUGUGGAGUGGACAUCC